AUGAGUGGCACCGGCCCCGGCGAGUCGGACACCAACUAUGUCCCUCUUGUCACUUACAACGGAACCAAUCCCGCUGGCGGCGACUCGCUCAAGGACAACUUGAACAUCUACUAUGAGAGCGGCGAUAUUGGCUACAUGAUCAUCUGCACCGCACUUGUCUUCUUGAUGAUUCCCGGCGUUGGAUUCUUCUACUCUGGCCUGGCCAGACGCAAGUCGGCCCUCUCUCUCAUCUGGCUCUCCAUCAUGGCCACGGCUAUAGUCUCGUUUCAGUGGUUCUUCUGGGGUUACUCGCUUGCCUUCUCCCACCAAGCCGGCAAGUUCAUCGGUGCUCUUGACAACUUUGGCUUCAUGAACGUUCUGGCUCAGCCCUCUGUGGGGAGCAACAGAAUCCCUGAUCUCCUGUAUGCUGUAUACCAGGGCAUGUUCGCAGCCAUUACUGUUGCUCUUGCCGUCGGCGCUGUCGCCGAGCGCGGCCGCCUCCUUCCCUGUGUCAUUUUCAUGUUCAUUUGGAGCACUGUCGUCUACGACGCCAUCGCCUGCUGGACCUGGAACCCUUCUGGCUGGCUCUACAUCCUCGGAGGCCUUGAUUACGCGGGCGGUACGCCUGUGCAUCUCUCGUCUGGUAGUGCUGCAUUGGCAUACUCUUUCGUCCUGGGCCACCGCAAAGGCCACGGCACCCACGAACUCAACUACCGCCCUCACAAUGUUACUCACAUUGUUAUUGGCACGGUGUUCCUCUGGUUCGGCUGGUUCGGCUUCAAUGCCGGUUCAGCACUGGCUGCCAACAUGCGUGCUGUCAUGGCUGCUGUCGUGACCAACCUCGCUGCUUCGGUCGGUGGCAUCACUUGGUGUCUGCUGGACUAUCGUCUUGAGCGCAAGUGGUCGACUGUUGGAUUCUGCAGUGGAGUCGUGGCUGGCCUUGUCGCUAUUACUCCCGGCUCUGGCUAUGUUCCUGCUUGGUCGGCUGUGGUGUUUGGCGUUUGCGCUGGUAUUGGAUGCAACUAUGCUACCAAGCUGAAGUAUCUUAUCAACUGCGAUGAUGCUUUGGACAUCUUUGCUGUGCAUGCUAUUGGCGGUCUGAUCGGAAAUCUGCUCACUGGCUUGUUUGCUGCUGAUUACAUUGCUCACCUCGACGGUGUCACUGUCAUUCCUGGCGGCUGGCUCAACCACAACUACCGCCAGCUCGGCAUUCAGUUGGCUGGCUCAGUGGCCGGAGGUAGCUACUCGUUUGUCGUCUCCUUUGUCAUCCUCACCGUCAUCAACUUCAUCGGCAAAUACCUGCCUGUCUUUGCACUGCGUGCUACCUUGGAAGAAGAAGACCUGGGUAUCGAUGACGUUGAGAUUGGCGAGUUUGCUUACGACUACGUCGAAGUGAUGCGUGAUGUCCACCAUGGCGACACUAGCAGUGUAUCGAGCGACGGCCACGAAAAGCCCUCGACUCCCCCCAACGGCAAGCGCCUCGACCCGGGAUGGGACCCUCUCAGAGGCAACUCAUCCCCUCAGAACCCCGUCGCUGUCCCUGCCAACCCUGCAGGUGACUUUGUGUAA